GAGUCCCUCCCUUGUUUGUCUUGUGUUGAAGUUGCCCUGCGAGCUCCAGUUUGAGAGAGAGUGGUGUUGUCGGGACCGUGUUGGCUUUAAACCUUGCGGCGGCGUGCACCUUUUUGGAGCGACGCAUGCAGGCGGCGACAUGCACACGCAGCUAGUGGGCAUCAUCCUGGGCAUCAUCGGCCUCCUGGGGACCGGCCUGAUCUGCGGGCUGCCCGCCUGGAAGGUGACGCCCUUCGUGGGCGCCAACAUCAUCACCGCUCAGAUAUUCUGGGAGGGUCUGUGGAUGAACUGCGUGAUCCAGAGCACGGGCCAGUCGCAGUGCAAGGCGUACGACUCCAUCUUGGCGCUGCCUCGCGAGCUGCAGGCCUCCCGGGCCCUGGUGUGCGUCUCCUUGGCGGUGGGCGUGGUGGCCGUCGGGCUGUUUGUGCUCGGGGCUCGGUGCACCAGCUUCUUCCGCCACGACUGGCCCACCAAAAACAACGUGGGGGUGGCGGCCGGCGUGGUCUUUGUGCUCGCCGGCGUCCUCUGCAUCAUCCCCGUCAGCUUGAUGGCGCACAGCAUCAUCACGGGCUUCUUCAACCCGCUGCCCACCGAGGAGAGGCGGGGGGAACUGGGCGCCUCGGUCUACGUGGGCUGGGUCUCUGGAGCGCUGCUCGUCAUUGGCGGGGUGCUCAUUUGCUCCACGUACAGAUGCUGGUCGCCUGUCGCUGGGGGGGCAGUUGUUGCAGAGAAUCCCCCCCCCCAGCAGCAGCAUGGCGGCCGAGCCCCAGCCGAUGUAGAGCGCGGCGCCGAGCUCCCGCCUCUGAGCGGCGGUCACCAGCGGGUUGUAGAAGUCCCGGAUGACGGUGUGGGCCGACCACGACACGGGGAUCAUGACGAGCAGGGCGCCGAUGACAAACAUGACGCCCGCCACGAUGCACGCCUUGGCCUUGGCCGUCUCGUCCUCCACGCAGUUGGUGCACUUCCCUCCGGCCGCCGCCACCAGCACGCCCAGCACGCCCACCAUCACCGAGACCACCACCAUGGCGCGGGCCGCCUGCAGGUCCUGGGGCAAGGCCAGCAUGGAGUCGUAGACCUUGCACUGCAUCUGGCCCGUGCUCUGCACCACGCAGGUCAUCCACAGGCCCUCCCAGAUCACCUGCGCCGUCACGAUGUUGGCGCCGACGAACGCCGUCACUCGCCACAUGGGCAGGGCGCAGGUGAUGAUGGCGCCCAACCAGCCCAUGAAGGCCAGCAGCACGGCCAGCAUCUGGAGGCCCUGAGACGCCAUCGCCGACGCUUCCAAAGUGACGGUUGCUGCCGGCUCUCGCUCUCUCCCAGUAAACGUUUCAUCCUCGUCCCCUUACACAAACUCUUUGCCGGACGCCGGCGCCGUGGCAUCGGAGCGCGCGGCGCUGUAGCGAGCCGUGUAGGACUCCUCGCCCUUGGCGGGGCAGUUGCAGCACAGCAUGCCGCCCCCGAUGAUCAUCAGGGCGGCCGCCCCCCAGCCGAUGUAGAGCGCCGCCCCCAGCUCCCUCUUCUGGGCGCUGACCACCAGCGGGUUGUAGAAGUCUCGGACCACGCUGUGUGCCGUCCAACACACGGGCACCAGGCAGAGGACGCCGGCGAUGAUGAAGACCGCGCCGGCGGCGAUGGCCACCUUGGUCUUGGAGGCCGGGUUCUUCACGCAGUUGGUGCACUUGCCCCCGGCCACCGCCAGCAGAAUGGCCAUGACGCCCACCACGAUGGCGAUGACCAUGAGGGCGCGGGCGGCCUGCAGCUCAUCCACACGCCCUCCCACAUGGUCUGCGAGGUGACGAUGUUGCUGCCGAUGAACGCCGUCACCCUCCACAUGGGGAGGGCGCAGGUGACGAUGGCCCCGAUCCAGCCGAGGAUCCCCAAGGCGGCGCCCAGGAUUUGGAAGCCCGCUGACACCAUGGCUCUUCCUCCGCUGCUUUUUGGUCUCCGAGGCGCAAGGCUGGGACGGUCCAUUGUGAGCGCGGACAUCAGAGCGGCAGACGACAAGCGGUCAGUUGUUCCGGACAUGCGGGGGCAGCAGCAGCAGCUCCACAGAGGCCUUGCAGAAGAAGAAGAAGAGGAAGAGGACAGCGUGGUUCAGCAUCCCCACACCCAGGUGGUAAACCGGGACUCUCUGAUUGGACGGCUGAUGUCAUCCUCGAGGAGGGUUGGACCGUUUCGCAAUAAAAACUACGUCCGGAUAAGGAUCCUUGCCUGGGAGUCGACACGAGAGCGGACAUUUGAGGAAGUUCUCCGGGUGAAAGCAACCGGGAUUUUUGGUGGAAACGAGGGACUGACUCUGUUCGCCAUGCCGUCUUUCGGACUGGAGUUGGUCGGCGUCUCUGUGGCGGUGGUGGGCUGGCUCCUGAGCGUGGUCAGUUGCGCGCUGCCCAUGUGGAGAGUGUCGGCCUUCAUCGGCGCCAACAUCGUGACGGCGCAGGUGUACUGGGAGGGUCUGUGGAUGACCUGCGUGUUCCAGAGCACGGGCCAGAUGCAGUGCAAGGUCUACGACUCCAUGCUGGCUCUGCCCCAAGACCUGCAGGCGGCGCGGGCCCUCACCGUGGUCUCCAUUAUCGUCGGGGUGCUGUCCCUCCUCAUCUCCCUGGUCGGGGCCAAGUGCACCAACUGCAUCGAGGACGAGGGCGCCAAAGCGCGGGUGAUGAUUUCCUCCGGCGCCGGCUUCAUCGUGGCGGCGCUGACCCAGUUGGUGCCCGUGUCGUGGUCGGCCAACACCAUCGUGGUGGAGUUCUACAGUCUCAUCAUCCCGUCGGGCCAGAAGAUGGAGAUCGGGGCGGCCUUGUACCUGGGCUGGGCCGCGGCCGCCCUGCUGCUGAUCGGCGGCUCCAUCCUGUGCUGCAGCUGCCCGCCGAAGGAGGAGAAGGCCGGCAGGUACGGCUUGCACCCGCAAAGCCGCGUGGCCUACUCGGCCGCCCCCAAGUCCACGGCCCAGAGCUCCUACAAUCGGAGGGACUACUGGGCUGGCCUUGAAACGUUUGCAUCUCUUCUGGAAACAAGCUGGCUUAAAGAACCAGCAAGAACCAGCAAGCUGUGGAACCCAUCCAUCUCCGUUUCCGUGGCGGCGCCUCACAGCACCUUCCCGCCAUCCCCUCGCUUCCCUACAGCGAUCCAGGACAAAGGAGGCGCCGCCAUGUCGAUGGGCUUGGAGAUCGUGGGCAUCUCGCUGGGCAUGCUGGGCUUCCUGAUGGCCAUCGUGACGUGCGCCCUGCCCAUGUGGAAAGUGACGGCGUUCAUCGGCGCCAACAUCAUCACGGCGCAGACCAUCUGGGAGGGCCUGUGGAUGAAUUGCGUGACGCAGAGCACGGGCCAGAUGCAGUGCAAGGUCUACGACUCGCUGCUGGCGUUGUCCCAGGAGCUGCAGGCCUCCCGCGCCAUGAUGAUCAUCGCCAUCAUCCUGAGCGUGCUGGGGGUGCUCGUCUCCAUCAUGGGCGCCAAGUGCACCAACUGCAUCGAGGAGGAGGGCGCCAAGGCCCGGGUCAUGAUCGUCUCCGGAGUUUUCUUCGCCAUCGCCGGCCUCCUGGUCCUCAUCCCGGCCUCCUGGACCGCCAGCGUCAUCGUGCGCGACUUCUACAACCCCAUCGUGACCAACGCGCAGCGGCGGGAGCUGGGCGCCGCCCUCUACAUCGGCUGGGGCGCCGCCGCGCUGCUCCUGAUUGGCGGCGCCAUGUUGUGCAGCAGCUGUCCCCCCAAAGACAAACGCUACAAGCCGCCCAGGAUGGCGUACUCCGCCCCGCGCAGCAACAACGGGCCCGCAGCCACGCACGACCGCAAGGACUACGUUUGAACCGCAAUCUGUGUGUGUGUGUGUGUGUGUGUGUGUGUGUGUGUGUGUGUGUGUGUGUGUGUGUGUGUGUGUGUCGCGCACCUGUCUUUCAAUUUUUGUGUAGACCACUUCUUACAAGCUGGUAUAUGUGUCUUUGUGAGGACACUUUGUGUGUGUGUGUGUGUGUGUGUGUUUGUGUGUGUGUGUGUGUGUGUGUGUGUGUGUGUGUGUGUGUGUGUGUGUCGCGCACCUGUCUUUCUAUUUUUGUGCAGACCACUUCGUACAAGCUGGUAUAUGUGUCUUUGUGAGGACACUUAGUCUGUGUGUGUGUGUGUGUGUGUGUGUGUGUGUGUGUGUGUGUGUGUGUGUGUGUGUGUGUCUGUGUGUGUGUGUGUGUCGCGCACCUGUCUUUCAAUUUUUGUGCAGACCACUUCUUACAAGCUGGUAUAUGUGUCUUUGUGAGGACACUUAGUCUGUGUGUGUGUGUGUGUGUGUGUGUGUGUGUGUGUGUGUGUGUGUGUGUGUGUGUGUGUGUGUGUGUGUGUGUGUGUGUGUGUGUGUCGCGCACUUGUCUUUCAAUUUUUGUGUAGACCACUUCUUACAAGCUGGUAUAUGUGUCUUUGUGAGGACACUUAGUCUGUGUGUGUGUGUGUGUGUGUGUGUGUGUGUGUGUGUGUGUGUGUGUGUGUGAGUGUGUGUGUGUGUGUGUGUGUCGCGCAGCUGUCUUUCAAUUUUUGUGUAGACCACUUCUUACAAGCUGGUAUAUGUGUCUUUGUGAGGACACUUAGUCUGUGUGUGUGUGUGUGUGUGUGUGUGUGUGUCGCGCACCUGUCUUUCAAUUUUUGUGCUGACCACUUCUUACAAGCUGGUAUAUGUGUCUUUGUGAGGACACUUUGUGUGUGUGUGUGUGUGUGUGUGUGUGUGUGUGUGUGUGUGUGUGUGUGUGUGUGUGUGUCGCGCACCUGUCUUUCAAUUUUUGUGUAGACCACUUCUUACAAGCUGGUAUAUGUGUCUUUGUGAGGACACUUAGUCUGUGUGUGUGUGUGUGUGUGUGUGUGUGCGUGUGUGUGUGUGUGUGUGCGUGCGUGUGUGUGUGUGUGUCUGUGUGCGUGUGUGUGUGUGUGUGUGUUGUACACGUGUCUUUCUGUUCUUGUGAGGACCACUUUUUUCAAGUUGUUGUGUGUGUGUGUGUGUGUGUGUCAUACACUGUGUCUUUCUGUUCUUGUGUGGACAAAUUCUUUCAAGCUGUUAUAUGGUCUCUUUGUGCUAGCGUGCGUAUGUGUGUGUGUGUGUGUGUGUGUGUGUGUGUGUGUGUGUGUGUGUGUGUGUGUGUGUGUAAGGGACCACACCCCGUCCCCUACAAAGACUCCGACAUGAAGUGAUGUAAAAUCUUGCUAAAAUCUUCAUCAUGUGUGUCACAUGUGUUUGUGUGUUUUUUUUGUGUGUGUUUUUCCAUACACUUGUUUUUUCUAUUCUCUUUCAAACUGUAGUACUGUGUCGUCUCUUUGUGAGGACACUUUGUGUGUGUGUGUGUGUGUGUGUGUGUGUGUGUGUGUGUGUGUGUGUGUGUGUGUGUG